GUAAUGUUAUCAGCUGACAUUAUUGGAGAAAGAAGCUUACCAUUUAGAGAGGAAAAUAUUAGUUUAAACCUCGAAAAGGGGAGACGUUAACGGACCGAUUCAUCCUCCAAAAACCAGGGCUAAUCAACUAGUAGUAGUUUAUUCAACAUAUGAACAAAAACCACAAUCCAUAACUAAAGCACGAGAAGCAACGUUAUUCUGACGUGCUAUAGUAAUUAAUAUUGGUGAGUACAUGCAUAUAUGGGUUGGGCAAUCGCAUUGCACGGUGGUGCUGGUGACAUUCCCCGUGAUCUUCCACUGGAGUUGCGUGAACUCAGAGAAUCCUGUCUCCACCGUUGCUUAGACAUCGCCAUUGACGCUUUUAAUGCCCGCAAAUCACCUUUGGACAUUGUUGAACUUGUGGUGCGAGAACUGGAAAAUGACCCACACUUCAAUGCUGGUAGAGGUUCGGUCUUGACCGACAAUGGCACCGUAGAAAUGGAAGCUUGCAUCAUGGAUGGAACUACAAAGAAAUGUGGAGCUGUUUCUGGCCUCACCACAGUUGUUAAUGCUGUAUCUCUGGCUAGGCUAGUCAUGGAGAAAACUCCACAUAUAUAUCUUGCAUUUGAGGGUGCAGAAGCAUUUGCUAGGGAACAGGGGGUUGAAACCAUAGACUCGAGGCAUUUUAUCACUCCGAAAAAUAUUGAGAGAUUGAAACAAGCAAAAGCAGCUAACAGCGUUCAGGUUGAUUAUACACAGCCUAUACCAAUAGUUGAUGAACCACCAGUUCCCAAUGGGGAUAGCCAAAUUGGGACAGUAGGAUGUGUAGCUGUCGACAGUUCUGGAAAUUUAGCGGCUGCUACGUCUACUGGAGGACUAGUGAACAAGAUGGUUGGUAGAAUAGGAGAUACCCCCCUUGUUGGUGCUGGGACAUAUGCAAAUAAAUUCUGUGCAGUGUCUUGUACAGGCAAAGGAGAAGAAAUUAUCCGCUCGACUGUAGCAAGAGAUGUGGCUGCUCUAAUGGAAUACAAAGGGCUAACUCUGAAGGAAGCAACAAAUUACGUUAUAAAAGAAUGUACACCACAAGGGACUACUGGCUUGAUUGCUGUGUCUGCCACAGGGGAAGUUGUUACACCAUUUAAUACCACUGGCAUGUUUAGAGCUUGUGCUACUCAAGAUGGAAGAUCAGAAAUAGGAAUUUGGUAACUUCGAAUUUAUUUUGUUGUAUUUGCUUUGCUUUUAACAAUGCUUAGUUGAGGCGUUUGUGUAUUUCCUCAAAGUUAGAGACAUUGAAGAUGUUCCUUCAUAUUUACUUAGAUUUUAUUUCAAUAGCUACUUGCAAA